CCUGCAUUAUGCGGCAGAAACUGGCUACAUAAAAUUACACUGGAUUGGAAGGAAAUAAAACAUGUGAGUGAGAUGCAUGAACCAAGGUCCAUAGAUGAAGUGCUUCAGUUACAUUCAGAAGUGUUUAAAGAAGAACUGGGCACACUGCAUGGCUUCAAAGCCAAAAUUCUUGUAAAUCCAGAUGUCCCCCCAAAGUUUUGCAAGAGCCGCCCAUUGCCAUUUGCCAUGAAAGCCAGGGUGGAUGCCGAACUAGACCGGCUGGAGAAGGCAGGCAUAAUCUCACCAGUUAAGCAUAGCGAGUGGGCUGCACCAGUAGUGCCUGUAAUCAAGAAAGACAAUACAAUUCGCCUUUGUGGCGAUUACAAAUUAACAGUUAAUCAAGCUGCCAAUACUGAAACUUACCCCCUGCCUCGCAUUGAGGAGCUGAUGGCGACCUUAAGUGGAGGAAAAAUAUUCUCAAAGAUUGACUUGGCUUCAGCAUACCAGCAAGUGCUACUGGAGGAGGAGUCAAAAAAGCUGUUGACCAUCAACACACAUCGAGGUCUCUUUGUGUACAAUAGGUUAGCUUUCGGAGUUAGCUCUGCCCCCUCCAUUUUUCAACGCAUUAUGGAGAACCUCCUAAAAGAUCUUGAUGUAGUUACCUAUUUAGAUGAUUUACUUGUAACAGGAAAAAAUGAACAUGACCAUGUGCAGAAGUUACAAAAAGUGCUUCAGAGACUCCAGGAGUGCGGCCUAAGAGUGAAGAAAUCCAAAUGCGAGUUCGGAAAAAAGGAGAUUGAAUACCUGGGCCAUGUACUGGAUAGCCAAGGCCUUCAUCCAUCCCCAGAAAAGGUAAAGGCCAUCAAGGAGGCCCCAGCGCCCUCCUCAGUGAAAGAAUUGAGAGCAUUUCUAGGCCUAGUCAAUUACUAUGGCCGGUUCAUGCCCAACCAAAGCACCCUAUUGGCCCCACUCUACAAACUGUUAAAAGACCACACGGAGUGGGAGUGGACGAAACCACAGCAAAAAGCCUUUGAGGCAUGCAAAGAAUUGUUAGCAAGUGACCAGGUGCUAAUGCACUACAAUCCAGACUUGCCUCUUGUACUGGCCUGUGAUUCAUCAGCCUAUGGCAUAGGGGCUGUCAUUCAACAUGAACUACCAUCUGGAGAGAAGAGGCCCAUUGCAUAUGCCUCUCGUACGCUGAACCCUGCUGAAAGAAAUUACUCACAAAUAGAAAAAGAGGGGCUGUCAGUGAUAUUUGGAGUUAAAAAGUUCCACCAGUACUUGUGGGGGCGGAAAUUUAAAAUAGUGACUGACCACAAGCCCUUGCUGACUCUUUUUGGAGAGCACAAAUGUCUGCCCACCAUGGCUGCAGCACGGAUUCAAAGAUGGGCCAUCAUACUGUCUGCUUAUGAUUAUACCAUUGUGUACUGUGCAUCUGAGAAACACAGCAAUGCAGAUGGACUGUCAAGAGUCCCUUUACCAGAGACAAGUGAUGCCGGCACAGCAGCCAUCUCGGAGAGCAUUCAUGCACUGUUAGCAGAGCACCUAGAACAAGCACCCGUGGAUGCUGACCAGGUGGCACGCGCCACACGGACAGACUGCAUGCUGUCCAAGGUCCUGAAAUUCAUCAUGGAUGGCUGGCCGGCAGUCGUGGAUUCUACUCUGAAAGCCUUCCACUCACGCCGAUAUGAACUGUCCACUGAACGGGGAUGUGUCCUAUGGGGCACCAGGGUCGUGCUACCAGAGAAACUGAGAAAGCUCGUCAAAAAGGAGCUGCACUCGGGACACCCGGGUAUAGUGAAGAUAAAAGCUCUCGCACGCAAGUACGUGUGGUGGCCCAAGAUUGAUGAAGAUCUAGAACAGGUAUGCAAAGCCUGCGAGCCUUGCCAGUUGGAACAACGGAAGCCUCGGCAGGUACCAUUACAUCCAUGGGAGUUUCCAGGCCAGAGCUGGAGAAGACUACACAUAGACUUUGCUGGCCCCUUCCUAGGUCACACUUUCAUGAUAGUGGUGGAUGCAUACUCCAAGUGGCUGGAGGUGUUCAGAAUGCCAUCCCUCACCUCACAAGCCACCAUCACCAGACUGCGUAGGCUGUUUGCAGCAUACGGCCUUCCGGAGCAUGUUGUUACAGAUAACGCAACGCAGUACACGUCUGAGGAAUUCAAAACCUUCAUGAGGCAGAAUGGAAUUCUACACUCCACCAGUGCCCCGGGUCACCCUGCUAGCAAUGGUCUCGCCGAAAGGUAUGUGCAAACAUUUAAAAAUGGAAUUAAGAAACUUGGACAGACUUCCAUGGAUAUAGAGGACAAGAUCUCUGUGUUUCUAAUGCAAUACCGCUGUACUCCUAACUGUACUACAGGCCAGUCGCCUGCUGAUUUGUUUCUGAACAGGCACAUGCGCACCCGCCUGGACCUGAUUCAUCCUGACACAGCGCUCACAGUUCGAAAGAAGCAGUACAUGCAGAAGUUCUACCAUGAUCGGCGAGCAGUGAGUAGAUCUUUUUCUCAGGAUGACCCUGUGUAUCUUCAAAAUACAGCAGGGGGAAGAGAGAAAUGGAUUCCAGGAGUGAUAAUGAAGCAAACAGGACCAGUGUCUUACAGAGUUCAGGGGACAGACAGAGACAUUACCUACAGGAGACAUGGGGAUCAGUUGCGGUCUCGUGUCGCAGCCGAGGAGCUGGAUCUGAAUACGGACUGUACACCUGCUGACCUUGCCGACCAGCCCACAUCCGACCAGCCCAGUGAGAAGCUGGACAUGCCAGCAGAUGAUGGUCCCCUGCACAUGGACAGCGAGGUGCCCGCUGCCUCUCCAGACUUGCGUCGCUCAGGCAGAGACCGGAAGCCGCCUGAGCGUUAUGUUCCUUAAUCAGCAGUUACUUUGGCAAGAAUGGAUUCCACAUUGGACUGCUUUUGUAUAGUGUGCUACUAAUUUAAAAAAAAGAAAAAAGAUGCCAAAAGAAAAAGGAAAAAAAAAAAAGACAUUUGGGUUUUGGGGGUGUUGGGUACACUGAUGUAUUAAAGUUCAUUAUUGCUGGGGUAACAAAGUUCUUUUAUUUUAAAAGGGGGGUGAUGUGAUGUAUUGAAACGUGAUUGGGGUUUGGGUAAUUGGGAAGUCUAAUUAAGGAACACCUGACACCUGUAUGUUGCUUCCUGCUUAACCUGAAGUAAAGACACAACUCACAGCAA